UGAAUUCAAAUAUUCAUUAAUUAUAAUAAUUUUAUAGCAUUUAAAAGACUGAUAAGAUGGAUCCCAGAUUUUGUGCCCAGGACAUUAUCAGAUGUAACCUCUGUGAAGACACAGUUGUACAAAUGUACUGUAACGUUUGUGCCAUGAACCUGUGUAAGGGUUGUGUUGGGGAACACAUCUCUGAUGCCUCUAAAAAUCAUAGUGUGGUUCCUUUUGCUUUGAGAAGAUCCAAACUUGUGUAUCCUCAGUGUCUAAUCCACUCUGAAGAGAACUGUGAAAUGCACUGUGAAGAUUGCAAGACUCCAGUGUGUCCAAAAUGUGUUAUUUCUGAAACACAUACGAGACAUCAUUUCAGAAGUCUGAAAGAUUUACUGACCUCAAAGAAAGAAAUUAUUGAAAACGAGAGAAAAAGAUUGCAAGAAAUAGUUUACUCAAAAAUCGUGAAAAAUGUAGCUGAUAUACAAACCCAGCUAAAUGAUAUAGACAGAAAAUAUGAGAAACUUACUUCAGAAGUCACGAAACAUGGAAAAGAAUGGCACAAAGAAAUUGAAAAAGUUGUAGAGGGAAAAAAGAAAGAAAUCAAUAAGAUGAGAAACCAACACAUAUAUGCCCUAAAGAAACACCUCACAGAUAUUAUGAAACUCGUCGCUGACGUUAAACAGUCAAUAUCAGAAAUUGAGGAAAUUCUUCAAUCCAAUGACGUAAGCAAACCACUUUAUCAUGAGAUAAACUCAGAAAAAUUCACCAAACCUCCAUCAAAACUAAAAAUCGAGUUUCCUGUGUUUACUGGCAAUCAUAACCUAGGGAAAUGUUUACAGUUAUUUGGUCAUAUAUCACCAUUAUCCAUUGCAUCAGAAGAUCUUGGUUACACAAUGGUGGCAUCAAAAGCUUUUUUUAUACCCCGUCCUCAAGUAAAACCACUGCUUGAUAAACAAGAGCUCAUCACCACCAUAGACACUGGGUAUAAAUAUCUAACCAGUGUUACCUGUCUCAGUGACGAAGAAUUCUGGACAUGUGGAGAAGAUAAGAUUAUGAAACUCUACAACCUCCAGGGAAAACUUAUGAAGUCAAUCGAAACCAAGUCUGGAAAAAGCCCAAGUGACAUAGCAGUGACAAGGAGUGGAGAUUUAAUUUAUAUUGAUACAAGUACUGUAAACAUAGUGAAGAAUAAACAGAUACAGGAGAUGAUCAGACUUCCGGGUUGGAUACCUAACAAUGUCUGUAGUACCCCCUCGGGUGACCUCCUGGUUACCAUGGACAGUGAUGAUAAUGAACAAGCAAAAGUUGUACGUUACUCUGGCUCCACAGAGAAACAAACCAUUCAGUUUGACAGUAAAGGCCAACCUCUGUAUUCGUCCGGUGAUCUUAAAUUCAUCAAUGAAAACAAGAACCUUGAUAUCUGUGUGGCUGACUAUGGAGCCCAUGCAGUCGUGGUGGUUAAUCAGGCAAAACAGCUCCGAUUUAGAUACACUGGCAAUCCCUCUACUACCAAAGGACCAUUCAAUCCAGCUGGCAUCACAACUGACAGCCAGAGUCAGAUCCUGACAGCGGACUUUACCAGCAGCUGUGUCCAUAUCCUAGAUCAGGACGGACGAUUCCUCCGUAACAUUGAUAACUGUUAUUUAUACCGUCCAUGCAAUUUGUGUGUAGACACCAGAGACAACCUCUUUGUGGCUGAAUGUAAGAGUGGUAAAGUGAAUAAAAUCAAAUAUUUGUAAUCAAUUGAUGCUUGCUAAAUCUUAUUUCCAUGCAUUGCGAUAUUAAAGGUACGUGCUCAAAAUU